CUCAUCAUGUUAUCUUCUAUGAUCCUACCAUUCUUAGCACUUUGGCUCCCAAAGGUUAUCCCUUCACCCUGUCAACAAUUUCUCCUUAUAAACGGCGACACUUUGGACCUCUCCCUCUGCAAUUUAACAACUUUGCCGAGCAAAAAUUUUCCCACUAAUGUUACAUACUUGAAUCUUGAGAGAAAUAGCAUAUCAUCAAUAGAAGAUCGUUCCUUUGUCGAACUAAGCGCUUUAACAAAUUUACGUUUAAAUGGAAACCAACUUACUGCACUCCGAAAAGCAAUGUUCUCGUCCUUGAAAAAUUUAAAAGAUUUGUAUCUUGAGAGAAAUAGCAUAUCAUCAAUAGAGGGUCGCUCCUUUGUCGAACUAAGCGCUUUAACAUAUUUAGAUUUAAAAGAAAACCAACUUACUGCCCUUCGAAAGGCAAUGUUCUCAUCCUUGAAAAAUUUGAAAGAUUUGUAUCUUGAGAGAAAUAGCAUAACAUCAAUAGAGUAUCGCUCCUUUGUCGAACUAAGCGCUUUAACAUAUUUGGAUUUAAAAGAAAACCAACUUACUGCCCUUCGAAAGGCAAUGUUCUCAUCCUUGAAAAAUUUAAAAGAUUUGUAUCUUGAGAGAAAUAGCAUAACAUCAAUAGAGUAUCGUUCCUUUGUCGAACUAAGCGCUUUAACAUAUUUGGAUUUAAAAGAAAACCAACUUACUGCCCUCCGAAAAGGAAUAUUCUCGUCCAUGCUAAAUUUAGAAUAUUUGUAUCUUGAGAGAAAUAGCAUAACAUCAAUAGAGUAUCGUUCCUUUGUCGAACUAAGCGCUUUAACAUAUUUGGAUUUAAAAGAAAACCAACUUACUGCCCUUCGAAAGGCAAUGUUCUCAUCCUUGAAAAAUUUGAAAGAUUUGUAUCUUGAGAGAAAUAGCAUAACAUCAAUAGAGUAUCGUUCCUUUGUCGAACUAAGCGCUUUAACGUUUUUAGAAUUAAGUGAAAACCAACUUAUUGUUCUCCGUAAAGCAAUGUUCUCGUCUUUGAAAAGUUUAAAAAAUUUAUCUCUUGGGAGAAAUAGAAUAUCAUCAAUAGAGGAUCGUUCCUUUGUCGAACUAAGCGCUUUAACAUAUUUGGAUUUAAAAGAAAACCAACUUACUGCCCUCCGAAAAGCAAUGUUUUCUUCCUUGCAAAAUUUAAAAUAUUUGUCUCUUGAGAGAAAUAGUAUAUCAUUAAUAGAAGAUCGUUCCUUUGUCGAAUUAAGCGCUUUAACAUAUUUACGUUUAAAUGGAAACCAACUUACUGCCAUCCGAAAAGCAAUGUUCUGGCCCUUGCAAAAUUUAAAAUAUUUGUAUCUUGACAGAAAUAGUAUAUCAUCUAUAGAGGAUCGUUCCUUUGUCGAACUAAGCUCUUUAACAUAUUUAGAUUUAAGUGAAAACCAACUUACUGCCCUCCGAAAAGAAAUGUUCUGGUCCUUGGAAAAUUUGAUUAACUUAUCUCUUGAGAGAAAUAGCAUAUCAUCAAUAGAGGAUCGCUCCUUUGUCGAACUAAGCGCUUUAACAUAUUUAAAUUUAAAUGAUAACCAACUUACUGCCCUUCGAAAAGCAAUGUUCUCGUCCUUGCGAAAUUUAAAAGAUUUGUAUCUUGACAGAAAUAGCAUAUCAUCAAUAGAGGAUCGUUCCUUUGUCGAACUAAGCUCUUUAACAUAUUUAGAUUUAAGUGAAAACCAACUUACUGCCCUCCGAAAAGAAAUGUUCUGGUCCUUGGAAAAUUUGAUUAACUUAUCUCUUGAGAGAAAUAGCAUAUCAUCAAUAGAGGAUCGCUCCUUUGUCGAACUAAGCGCUUUAACAUAUUUAAAUUUAAAUGAUAACCAACUUACUGCCCUUCGAAAAGCAAUGUUCUCGUCCUUGCGAAAUUUAAAAGAUUUGUAUCUUGACAGAAAUAGCAUAUCAUCAAUAGAGGAUCGUUCCUUUGUCGAACUAAGCUCUUUAACAUAUUUAGAUUUAAGUGAAAACCAACUUACUGCCCUCCGAAAAGAAAUGUUCUGGUCCUUGGAAAAUUUGAUUAACUUAUCUCUUGAGAGAAAUAGCAUAUCAUCAAUAGAGGAUCGCUCCUUUGUCGAACUAAGCGCUUUAACAUAUUUAAAUUUAAAUGAUAACCAACUUACUGCCCUUCGAAAAGCAAUGUUCUCGUCCUUGCGAAAUUUAAAAGAUUUGUAUCUUGACAGAAAUAGCAUAUCAUCAAUAGAGGAUCGUUCCUUUGUCGAACUAAGCUCUUUAACAUAUUUAGAUUUAAGUGAAAACCAACUUACUGCCCUCCGAAAAGAAAUGUUCUGGUCCUUGGAAAAUUUGAUUAACUUAUCUCUUGAGAGAAAUAGCAUAUCAUCAAUAGAGGAUCGCUCCUUUGUCGAACUAAGCGCUUUAACAUAUUUAAAUUUAAAUGAUAACCAACUUACUGCCCUUCGAAAAGCAAUGUUCUCGUCCUUGCGAAAUUUAAAAGAUUUGUAUCUUGACAGAAAUAGCAUAUCAUCAAUAGAGGAUCGUUCCUUUGUCGAACUAAGCUCUUUAACAUAUUUAGAUUUAAGUGAAAACCAACUUACUGCCCUCCGAAAAGAAAUGUUCUGGUCCUUGGAAAAUUUGAUUAACUUAUCUCUUGAGAGAAAUAGCAUAUCAUCAAUAGAGGAUCGCUCCUUUGUCGAACUAAGCGCUUUAACAUAUUUAAAUUUAAAUGAUAACCAACUUACUGCCCUUCGAAAAGCAAUGUUCUCGUCCUUCCAAAAAUUAAAAGAUUUAUAUCUUGAAAGAAAUAGCAUAUCGUCAAUAGAGGAUCGUUCCUUUGUCGAACUAAGCGCUUUAACAUAUUUGGAUUUAAAAGAAAACCAACUUACUGCCCUCCGAAAAGCAGUGUUCUUGUCCUUGCACAGUUUAAAAUAUUUGAAUCUUGACAAAAAUAACAUUUCAUCAAUAGAGGAUCGUUCCAUUGUCGAACUAAGCGCUUUAACAUAUUUAAAUAUAAAUGAAAACCAACUUACUGCCCUCCAAAAAGCAAUGUUCUCUUCCUUGCACAAUUUAAAAUAUUUAUUUAUUACUCUUGAUGAAAAUUUUCUUUGUUGCUCUCGUCUUCAUUAUGAAAAUCUAAAUUAUAAAAGUGAACGAUGCACUUUUGAGAGGGAAAUUAUAGAAUACAACAGUUUUAAUAAAAACAAAUGUACUGCAUUGAAGCCUCUGAGUCCUACUUAUCAAAGUACGUUUACUCCCGACAAUACCCGACGGGCCUGGUCUCUUCUUCACAAAGCACUCAAGCCAAUACGCCGGUAAUCCCAAUCAUUCCUCACUAUCCGGGCAGCGACAGCAUUUAGGAUUUCUAAUUUUUAUGUAUGGCUAGCGCUAACCUUAGUCCUUUCCUGCAUUUCUUAAGCAAACAUAAUAAAUUGUGUGUUUUCACAAA